UCAAUGAUGAUGAUGAUGAUGAUGAUAAUGAUAAUGAUGGUGAUGGUGAUGGUGAUGAUGAAGAUGACGUCGAUGAUGAUGAUGAUAAUAAUAAUAAUACUUCCUCUUCAAUUACUAAUGUUGCACUUGUAUCUACAUCUUUAUCAUCUGAAAAUGUAAAAUCAAAUAAUAAUGAUGAAAAUAUCGAUGAUCGAGAUGAUGAUGAUCUUGAUACGGAUGUUGAUCUAAUUUGUAGUGAAGAACAUCAACAACAACAAAUAUUAGGCCAAAAUAAUGAAUCCCAAUCAUUAACAACAACAACAACAAUAUCAACAACAACAACGACAAAAACAACAUCAACGACGACGUCUUCUUCUAAUAAUAAUAAUACUAUUGCUUCAAAUAAAACAUCAUCAGAUGAAUCAUCAUCAUCAUCAACAACAACAACAACGACAGAAUCUUCAUCGAUAUUUUCAAAUAAUAAUCCUACUGAUACUCGUCGUCGUGUAAAAUUAUAUAUGUUGAAUGCAAAUCGCACAUGGGAUGAUCGUGGUACUGGUCAUGUAUCAUCAAGUUAUAUUGAUCGUUUAAAUGGAAUGUCAUUAUUGGUUAGAGCUGAAACUGAUGGUUCAACAUUAUUAGAAUCGAAAAUAAUGCCUGAUACUGCAUACCAAAAACAACAAGAUACAUUGAUUGUAUGGUCCGAAGGUGAAAACUAUGAUCUGGCAUUAUCUUUUCAAGAACGAAUUGGAUGUGAAGAAAUUUGGGCCAAAAUAUGUCAAGUUCAAGGUAAAGAUCCAUCGGUAGAUAUUACUCAGGAUUUAAUCGAAGAUGAAGACAAUGAAUUACCACCAAUCGAAGUGAAUCGUUUGGAUGAGAUUAAUUCCGUUCUUACAUCAUCGUUGACAACAGCUAGUAAAAAAGAUAAUAUUACUUUAGCGCUUGAAAAUGAUAAUUAUAUUAUUAAAUUGUUGGAAUUAUUUCGACAACUUGAAGAACGAUUAGAUAUACCAUCGUUACAAAAAAUGUAUGAAAUAUUUAAAAAUAUUUUCCUAUUAAACAAAAGUACAUUGCUUGAGAUUAUGUUAUCGGAUCAAGCAAUUUCGGAUGUAAUCGGUGUAUUUGAAUAUGAUCCAAAUGGUGCUCGUGUACGAGAAUAUCAAGCCAAAACUAAUAACAAUGUCAACAAUCAACAACAACAAAGAUUGUCGCAACAAACAUCGCCUCCAUCAUCAUCAUCAUCAUCAUCAGCAAGUACAACAACAACUACACAAAUACCGCAUGCAUUAUCAUCACAAUCGCAAUCUUAUUUUACAUAUUUACCAUCAUCAUCUGAAUCUGAAUUAAUGCGUUUAGUGAGAGAAAAACGUCAUCGUGAAUUUCUACGAAAUGUAUCUCGUUUCAAAGAGGUUAUACCAUUAAGUAAAUCGGAACUUGUUUCUAAAAUUCAUCAAACAUAUCGUGUGCAAUACAUUCAGGAUGUUAUAAUGCCAUCACCAUCAAUAUUUGAAGAUAAUAUGCUUUCAACAUUAUCUUCACUAUUAUUUUUUAAUAAGAUUGAAAUUGUCACAUUGAUACAAGAAGAUGAAAAAUUUUUAAAAGAAUUAUUUCGUCAACUAUCCGAUACGGAACCAUCGUUUCAAGAAAAACGUCGUGAUUUAGUUUUGUUCCUGAAAGAAUUAUGUACAUUUUCACAUACAUUACAAAAUCGUGAAACUUUUAUUAAAACUCUAUCAUCAUUUGGUUUAUUACAAACAAUCGAAACAUUAUUAAUAUGUAAUGAUGUUUCCAUUAAAUUGGGUGCUGUCGAUCUCUUAACAUAUGUUGUUGAUUAUUCACCAUCAAUGGUUCGUGAAUAUGCCCUUCAACAAGAAAUAAAAAAUGAUAAGCAGCCAUCGGAACAAUAUAUAAUAAAUAUAAUCAUUGAACAAAUGAUUUGUGAUAUUGAUCCUGAUCUAGGCAUGGCGCAACAAUUAUCAGGAAUUUUAAAAAUGAUUAUUGAUCCAGAUAAUAUGCUCACCACUCCUGCAUUGAACAAAACGGAAAAAUCUGAAUUUUUAAAUUAUUUCUAUAAACAUUGUAUUGGUUAUAUGACGGCGCCAAUUUUAGCUGUAACUGCUUCACCGGUUACAUCUCCGUCAUUUACAACACCUUUGCCUCCACCUCCACCAACUUCGUCAACAACAACAAAUCAACUAGAUCUUGCAUUACAUAAUAAUAAUCAUAGUAAUGUACAACCAACAUCUGGAAUUCCGGUUUCACAAACAAAUCAUUCAAUUUUUCCAACUACCCAACCAAUAUCAACGACAAAUACGAGCUCGUUAACAUCUUUGAUUCAAAACAAUACAAUAUUAAGCAACAAUGAACCAUUAGAAUCAGCAUUCGAAAAUUCAUGUCAAGCAGCUCAAUUAUUAGCCAUAAUACUAGAGUUAUUGACAUUUUGUAUUGAACAUCAUGCUUAUCAUAUUCGAUCAUAUUUAUUGCAUAAAGAUAUUGUUCGUCGUAUUAUGAUUCUGACCAAAUCACGACAUACAUUCCUUGUUCUAACUGUUAUACGUUUUAUGCGAAAAUUGGUCGGCCUAAAAGAUGAAUUUUACAAUCGUCAUAUUGUGACGUUAAAUCAAUUUCAACCAAUCAUCGAUACUUUUGUAUCAAAUCGUGGUCGAUAUAAUUUAUUGGAUUCAGCAGUUAUUGAUUUAUUUGAAUUUAUUGAUCAGAAUGAGAUUUAUACAUUGUUAUCAUAUACAAUAGAACGUUUUUGGAAAAAUAAACUAGAACGAAUUGAUUAUGUUCGUACAUUUAAAUCAAUGAAACGUCGAUAUGAUCAUCAACAACAACAGCAACGAAAUUCUGUUAACCCUACUAAUGCAUUAAUGCUUUCGAGAAGUGGUUUGGGAACUGGAACGAAUGCGCAAUCUUCAUUAACAGCUCAUCAUCAUCGAUUUCGACGAGAUCCACGGCAAUUAGACAAAGAAGAAGAUAUGUGGUUUAAUGCCGAUGACGAUGAUGAAGAAGAAGAAUGUCCGGAUGAUGAUGAUGAUGACGAUGAUGAUAUUGGUGUUGGAGUUGGUGGUAUGACUUAUUCACAUCAUAGUGUUGGUCAUCAUCAUCACCACCAUCAUUCAGGUGAAGAUGAUGAUGAAGUUUUGAUUCCUGGAGCAACUACCGUUGGUUCAGAUGGCUCUUCUCCUCCUGAUUCAAAUCAAACAUCGAAUGUGCUUGAAAAUCAUUUAGCAUUAAGUUCUGCGGCAGCAGCACUUUCAGCCGCUGCUGCUGGUACUGAUCCAAUCGAUUAUGCUGCGGCUGCUGCUGCUGCUGCACAACAUCAUCAUUAUGGUCAACAUGGACUAUCAUUGCAUCAUCAUCAAGUUGGAAAAAUUGGUUCUUCGAAUAAUGCCGGAACUGUUUUACAUCAUCAUCAACAUCAUCUACAUAUUUCAUCGUUGCAUUCGGGAGGAGGAGGUGGUGGUAGCAGCGGCGGCACAAAUACAACUUCAUCUGGUUCUUCGUCCGGUUCAAUAUCUUCUAGUUAUAAUAGCCUAACCGCUGCCACAAAUUCUUUGUACCAUCAUGAUAGUGGUGCAAUUUCUACAUCAGGUACAAACAGUGCUACUGUUUCAUUUGUAGAUUCUCCAUUCUUUUCGUCAUUAGCAUCUGUAGCAGCUGCCAGUUCAGGAGCUUCACAAACGGUCAGUGGUACAAUAGGCUCCGGUUCUGGAUUAUUGUCUAUGGGUAAAAAGAAAAGUAAUGAUCGUAAAUUAACUAUAAAUUUGAAUCAUAAAACUACAAAUUUCUUAACUGCAGCUUCUGGAACAUUAAGCACACAGAAUGCAAAUCAACAAUUCCGUACCAAUAACACUAAUUUAUCGAAUAAUGCUCAUCCUCAUCAAUUAUCAGUAAUGGGACAACAUAUAGCAGCAGCAGCUGCUGCUGCAGCAUUCCAUAAUCUUAACAAUAAUAAUUUAACCGGUAAAUCGGCUACAGAAACUGUUUUGUCUCGAAAGGCAUUGGUCGAUUAUUCGGAUGAAGAUUCAGACGAAGAUGAUAAUAGCUCAGAAAGUUCAGACACCCCAAAAGAAGAAGAAAAUGUCGAUGAUGAAGACGAUGAUGAUAAUUAUGUUGGAAAAAAUACAAACGAUUUAAAAGAAGAACAUUUAACAUCCAGUCAUAAUCAACAAUGUCCUUCAAACAUAAACAUUCGUAUUCAAUCGAACAAAUCGGUUUCAUCCGGUGAUGGAGGAGGUUGUAGUGGUGGUUCAAUUACCAAAAUAACCAAAAGACAUAAAGAAUCGAAAUCAUGUUCAAAACAUCAUCAUCACCAUCAUCAUCAUCAUCAUCAUGGUCGAUCUGGUAGUAGUUCGAAAUUGGAUAAAAGCAACCCGGUGGUCAAUAAUAAUAAUAAUAUUUUAGUUCAUGAAACGACAACAACAUCAACAAUUUCUGAAUCCAAAACAAAUGGAUCUGAAGAAAAAUCUAAUAAAUCAUUAAACGAUAUUAUCAAUGAUGAACGUGUUAGUAGUUCUUCUUUAUCUGAACAACAAUCGGUUGCUGAUAAUUCAAUAAUAACUACUAGUGAUGAUGAUGAUAAUAAUGAAAAAGAAAAUCUUCUAAUCAAUAGAAAACGUAAAUUAACCGAUGACAAUAAUGAUGAUGAUAAUGAUAAUAAUGAUAAUGAUGAUGAUGACGAUGAUGAUGAUGGUAAUGAUAAUGAUAAUGAUAAUGAUGAACUGAAACAAAAUAUCGAUGAUCAUCAAUCAACAAAAAUGGAACAACUAUUUAAUAAUGAAUCAGUUGCAACAACAGAUUCAUCAAAUACCGAUACAAAACGAUUUAGAUAUUCAUUUAUUGAAAGUGAUGAAACGAAUAAUACAACAACGGAAAGUUAGCCGAUUAUUAAUUAAUUAAUUUUUUCAAAUAAUUCAACAAACAAACUCACCUUAUUCUGUUUGUAUGAAGCAAACAAACAAACAAACAAACAAACAAUCGAUCUCUAUCUCUCAUUUAUUAUAAAAAACCAGAGAA